GGUCCUUGGGAGCCUGAAGCCUUCCAGAGGAAAUAUAGGGCACAAAUCAGGGGACUAAUCCAACACAGGACACCAGCACACACAGGGGCACCAGAGGAAACCAACACAACAAAGGUCUACGGUCUUGUUAUCAGGAGACACUGUUCACAUGCUGCCUUUAUUCCAACACUAGCACCUUGCUGAGCUACAUCUGACCUGAAAAGAAAGUAAGAAAAAUCAACAUGGAUGUGACAGUUGUGCUCCUACUAUUACUUCACUCAUUCAGAGGGACAGAGCUGCUUGAGCCUUCAGAGCAACAAACUAAUUUUUCAUUGGCAAAAGACGUUGACAUCUUGGAAUAUGCGUCCAUGCUGAUCAGCAAUGGAACAGACGGCUCAUUUUCAUUUCCAGAGAACAUCACUCCUCACAACACCACAAAUGCCACCAUGACCAACACAGAAACAGGUCUGGACACCACUGGGUCCAACGAAACAUGGACAAGCGGAGAGGACAUGAGUAAUAAUGGCAUAACAUUUGACAACGCAAGCACAAACGACACAGACCUCAACGUCACAGACACUAAAGACAUAAACACAAACAACACUAACACAAGUGAAGAUGAAACGGGUUCUGGUUAUACUGACGUAGAUUCUGGCGAAGCCACUCCAUCCCCGGGCACUAAUAUUACCCAGUCCAACAACCCAGAGGACAUAACCAGCUUCACAACAAUCGCCACCACUAAUGACAUCAACAGCACCACCACCAUCGCCACCACCACCACCGCCAGCACCACCAGAACCACCACCACCGCCACCACCACCACCACCACCACCACCAGCACCAGCACCAGCACCAGCACCAACAGCAGCACCACCCUUAAAGGCCUUGAUGAUAGGAGAGACAAUGUGUACACCGAGAGUAACAGGGCUGCGGAUUCGGCAGGGAGCAACACAAGGAACAGUAACUCUACGGCGUGGGCCAUAGUCAUCGGUAUAGCUUUGGCUGUGGGUGUUGUGAGCCUGAUCGUCUAUAUCCUGAAGAGACGGAGGGUCCACCGGGACUUCAACCACAGGAAGCUUGUGGAAGACCUACCCCGAGGACCAGUGCUCCGUCUGGACAGCUAUGAGAACCUGGGAAUGGGCACCUUGUCCUUCGACAACCCCGUGCUCCAAGGUGACAACAUCUAUAUGGACCACAUGAGUGGCACACAGAACCAGCACUAGGACUGUAAGACGAGUCACAGGGCUGAACCAUCCAGGGUUUUUACACCAAAAAAUCAACACCGAAAGAUAAUGGCGCUGUGUUUUAUGUACUGUAAUAUAUUAUCGCAAAGAGAUUACAAAUAGCUUUGCUAUUCCUUUCAUGUUAAGUUUAGUAACAAGGAAGGCCUCUAUCCUAAAUCUCCCCAGGGAAUCCUCCGGAUCCUCACAGUUCACAAAUGAGUCUCUCAUGAAGACCCAGGAACUCUCCCCAGUGCAUGUAACUGGGCAAAUUAUGUGUAUUAUUUAAAGAAAAUCUCCCAAUACUUUCUACCUAGAAAUGGCAAUUGCUACCUUUUUAAUGCAUAAAAUUUCUGUCAGGCCCUGAAAACGUGCCACAUUAAUCCAGUACUGGAAAUAAUAUACAAAUGAAAUGUACUGCAACAUACUACAGAUGAGUUUAAAAUUAGAAACCUGUUCCAUUCUAGUUUUCUAACAGCUUUCUAACACAAUAGGUGUGGUUGCACAUUAGAGUUGGUUUUUAGGAUGGAUGAAAGGACGCUUGGAGAAAACCCUCUGGUGCUCACUCUCACAUGGAAAGCAAAGUGAGGCCAAUCUCUGUGUGACGAAUGCUUCACCCGCUUGUCUGACACGGUUCAGUUCAUUAAGGUUACAAGGUCUGGAAUACGAAGAACUGGUCAUAGGCUCUUAAAGAAAUUAAGUAUUUAUUAUUUAAUCACUAAAUUAUUCACGCUGGGAACACAACACCCUUCUAAAAUCCAGCAGUCACAGGAGUGGAUGUAAGAUCUGUCAUAAUGUACAGAGUGGAUGAUUAAUGCAAAAUGUUAUAAGGUGCCAAAUGGUGUUUUUACUAAGGACAAAGCGAUGCGAAUGGUCUCCCAUUCAGUUUCCAUGGCAAUAGAAAAGGAAAGUGGAGCUUAAGUCAUAGAAGACUCCCGUGCUUACCCCAUAUGGCCAUGAAGAUGGCGAAAAACACUGUGCCGCCGUUGUCAAAGAGAUGAGUGACCUAGGGAGGCAUGGGAGAGGCGAUUUUACAUCCAGCAUUGACGAAACCCAAAAUCUGCAGCUACAUAUCGACUGCAGGACAGGUAGCCAAAUUAUAUCAGGAUAAAGGGAUCAGCCCCUUUCAGACCGAUACUAGUUGGGGCUUAUCCAGAUAGCCUAGGAUGGUUCGGAUACAAUGAUCCUUACAUAGGAAUGGGUCUGACACAAUGCCCUUUAUAUGAAACAAUGUUCAGAUAAGGAAACACUGUCCUACUGCAGGAACAGCAAACAUAAAUGCUAGCUAGCUCUUCUAUAUGGCGUAACCGAGCCAAGAAUGCCUUUUAACCUUAGAACAUAGACAUCUUAAUCUUAACAUACUGCACAAAGUACAUGGCAUGUGGUCAAGUGAAAUAUGUACUGUAAUUUUAAAUUAAAAAAGUCAAUACAAAGACCAAAUAUGAUGAAUUCAGCACUAAUAAAAAUUUAAUUUUUUCAUUUAUGA